AUGUUCAUGGCUUUCUUGUGGUUUGUUUGGUGCAUGGAAAAGAAAGAACAUCGUGCAAUAUGUGUUGGGAUAGAUUUCUCAGGCUUUGAGGAAAAUGUUAAGUCUAUAACUAGCAGCCCAAUGAUUUCCAAGGACUUGGUAUUUGGGGUUAUCUUCCUCCUUCAGACUGGUGCUGGGCUCCUGGGGAACUCCUCACUUUUAUGUCUACACUUGUCCUUGUUAUUUGCUGAACACAAACUAAAGCCUAUUGACCUGAUUCUCAGCCACCUGUGUUCAGCCAGCACCUUGGUGCUUCUCUCUAAGGGGGUCCCUCAGGCCAUGACAGCUCUGGGGCUGAAAGAUUUCCUUGGUGAUGUGAGCUGUAAACUCCUCUUCUACCUUCACCGAGUGGCCUGGGUGGCCUCCAUCUGCACCACCUGCCUCCUGAGUGGCUUCCAGGCCAUCACAGUCAGCUCCAGUGCACCCAAGUGGACCGAGCUCAAAACGAGAGCCUCAGACCAUAUUGUCUCCUCCUGUUACACCUGCUGGAUCCUCAAUCUUCUGUUACAAAUUGUUAUUCUUUUAAGGGUGACUGGGCCAAACCAUGACAGAAACACUACCAUGAGAAGUGAUUUUGCAUACUGCAAUGGUAUCCAUCAGCAUUCAUUUAUCUUACUACUCUAUGCCUUUCUGCUUUCUUCUGCUGAUUUUAAGUUUCUAGGACUCAUGGUCUGGGCCAGCAGCUCCAUGGUGUUUAUUUUGUACAGGCAUAAGCAGCGACUCCAACCCAUUCAGAACAAGCUCCUCUCCCAUAAAACCUCCCCCGAGACCAGAGCCACCCACACAAUCCUGGUGCUGGUGAGCAUCUUUGUCUCCUUUUACUCCAUUUCUUCCAUCUUGGCAUUUUACAUGGCAUUCUUUGCCAGUCAAAACAUCUGGCUGUACAAUAUCAGCACACUUGUGGCUGCGUGUUUUCUAUCCGGUAGCUCUUUUGUGCUGAUGAGCAGGGUUGUCCAUAUCUCCAGGCUCAGUUUUACUUGGGGGAUGAAUAAAUAA